CGAACUCGACAUCGGUGAAUGAGCACACCAAUGUGUUCCCCACAUUCUGCCUAAACGAUGUAGGCCCAAAGUGUCCUGCUUAUAAGGUCAGCGUCGCUGUCGAUUGAGACCAUCUCACUGCACCCACACCACACCGCCCCCUUCCUCUACUAUGACCUCACCUACGCAUCUUCCCCUCGCCGGCAGGGUUGCUAUCGUGACUGGCGCCUCCCGCGGUAUUGGUGAGCAUAUCGCUUUCGAAUUGGCGAAGCGUGGUGCGAAGGUCAUGAUCACCUUCACCUCAGAUAGCAGCCAGAAGCGCGCCGACGACCUUGUUGCCCGCAUAGCCGCGCUGAACAAUGGCUCUGCCGCCGCCACCGUCAAGGCCGAUCUCCGCCUCCUUCCCUCCUCUCAACAAAUCGUCGACGCCACCCUCACCGCCUUCUCUACCCAGCACAUCCAUAUCCUCGUUAACAACGCUGCCGUCGAGUUCCAGAAGCCCGCUAUCGACGUCACCCCCGAGGACUACGCAUCCCUCUUCGACAUCAACGUCCGCGGCGCGUACUUUAUGUCACAAGCCGUCGCGCGAGUGCUGGGAGAUCACGGACGCAUAGUAAAUCUCUCGUCUAUUGCCGGGCGGGCGGCCUCUCAGGGCUUUUCGCUCUACUGUGCGAGCAAGGCCGCCCUCGAGGGGAUGACGCGCGCGUGGGCGGUUGAGCUUGGACUGCAGGGCCACACCGUCAACGUCGUUGCGCCUGGCCCAGUGCAAUCCGACAUGCUGGACAAGGUACCGGCAGAACUGAAAAAUUAUCAAAAGGCCCAUACACCGAUGGAGCGACGGUUCGGGACAGGGGACGAUAUUGCUCAGAUCGUCGCGUGGCUCGCGGAGGAGAGCUCGCGCUGGAUAACGGGGCAGACAAUCUCGGCGACCGGAGGAUACGCAAUGUAUUAGACAGUAAGGUAGUUCGUCA